CCAACGCAUCCUACGAAAAUGUUAGUCUUUCCAGCAUCUUACGACCUAGCGGCCAGAUCACCGGUGUGUAAGGCGCACAAAUAUUAAUCAGUUAAUAUACGCUGUCAAACUGGCCGUUUUAAAUAAUCAGAGUAAUUCUACGAUUGAAGUGGAUUUCGGCGGUAAAACAUAUAUUAGUUAAAUCGCAUCUGGGAUCAUUGAUAUUUUUUUAGCCUAUAAAAUCGAUAUAAAAUUAAAAAAUAUGUUUAAAACGAUAACAAAAACAUUGAUACUAAAUAUAACAUAUUGAAUAUUUUAAUUAAAAAAAACUAAUAAUUUAGUAUAUUCAGCAUAACCGAUAAACAAACAAAUGUUUAUAGUAUUUAAAAAAUAAUAGUUAUUUGUGCAAAACAAAAAAAAAACAAAAAUAUAUCUAUAAUAUUUGACCAGAAAGAAUUAAUUAUCCAUUCUACAAUAAAGACAUAUAUGAGGAUAGACAAGGCUGCCAAUGACCAUUAGGAAUAUAAAUCAAUCCAUAAAGGUAUUUAUUAUACUUCCAAUAAUUCAAAUUUCGUGAAUCAAAGCAACAGAAAAAAGCUUAGGAAAUAAGAAAUAAAUACAACAAUUUUUUGUCACCUAACUAUAAAAAAAUAUUUUUCAAGGUAAAUAAAAUGCAGAAUGAUGUUAAAAUAUUUUUUUUAUUUUAAAAAAAACUUGGUCUAUAAGGUAUUUAUUAUACGUCCAAUAAAUUUCGCCAAUAAAACCAACAGUAGUUUUACAAAAGUUUUUUCGUCACGUAAAAUCCAGAAUGAUGAAAAAUACUAUUUUUAUUUAAAAAAAAUUGAUCUGUCAUAUUGUGUUUUUACGCUGAUCGACAAAUUUUAUUUAAUUUUUAGAAAUCGCUAGUGUGGAAAAGAAAAUAACUUACUUUACAUAAUAUUAGACCAUUUUUUUUAUCAAUUAUCAUUUUUUUCUGAAAACUUACAAUAUUACACAUUAUUAAUAAUCGCAAUAUCUUAAUAAUAUAAGGUAAAAAAUAUUUUCGAUAAAGUACCUUUAGCUUACAGAAGCCAUUCGAUGGUUUGCCCACAAGAUAGAAGGGAACCUAUAACUUUAUAAAAAUAAAAACAAAGAAAUGUUUUUAAAUUAUGAAAAUACAAAAUAAAUUGGGGACGAGUCUUAGCAUUUAGUAGUGUAAAAAAUAGAUUGUGGUCCUCAAACAUAAUCAAUACGCACAUCACAUUAAAAAAAAUUAUGGUGUUAAAAGAGAAAUUUAUACGACCGUAUAAGCUAAUAAAUAAAAUUGAAAACUUUUACGGCAUUCUUGUGAAUAUUUGCAUACACACUGUUCCACUUUUUCAUAUCUUAUAGUUCCCAAAAUCCCAGCCUUCAUACGGAACACAUAAUAAAGAACGAAUGUAAAAAGCUCCUACUAUGAAUGGGCAAAAAUAGUCAUUUCUUCAUCAGACCGUUUUAAAACCACUUGAAUGGAUUCUUCAAAAAUCACACACUUUUCAAAAGUUUGAAGGUCACUUAACACUUUGAAAGGUCUUCGAUAAAUAAUUCUAACCAAUGUAAUUUGCUUAAAUGUUGGUUUUUAGCCCUUCAGACAACCAUAAUUGCAGAAAAAAAAUUAAAUAAAAUUUGAAGAUAAAAUUUUAGUACAAAAAAAAUCGUAAAUCGUAGUUUUAGAAAAAUUGGUCGAAAACCAGUGAAUUCACUUCCCCCUUGAUCACAACUGAGCCCUUAAGCUGCGACUUUGUGAUGGAGUGGCGCCUGGAUUGGAAUAGAAAACCGUUUUAUCCUAGACAAUUUCAGCUUCAUGUCGUACUUCUUGGCUGGGUCUUAAUAUGGGCGCAGUUCCUAAGCUGCGUUUUCUGUGGUGAAAAAUUAGCUUUGUUGUCGGCUACUUUACGUACAUAUCAGAAAGCAGCUUGUGAUUCGGAUCAGGUUACAAUAGCCUGUCCCCGUGGUACCAGCAUUUCGAUUGAGUUUGCCCAAUACAACAAAUUCGUUGCAAAAGAUGGAUACAGUAUCGAAGAUUUAUGUCAUGUAACUGGAGAAGCAAGACCGGAAAUCCAGGGUAGGUCGCAGCACUUGCUCCGUGGUUCCAUCUUUGGAUUACCUUCGCUGAAUGGCAAAUAUAUGAAGGACGUAUAUGGCCAUGCAGAGUCUUUAGAAUCCGUCAGUGAACCUACUAGCUCCAGUACAACUGGGUUUGUUGAUGAAGAGCUCAAUAUCGAUUACAACAGUGAAAAUGCUCCUGAGAACUGUAUGUGGCCAAAUGCAUUACAGUAUUCUUUACUGCAAACUGUUGUUGACGCCUGUCAAAAGAAGAAACACUGCAAGUUUCACGGAUCAUUGCAGUUCUAUGGACAGGGAGCCAGCGGUGUUGGUGACUCGUCUGGAACCAGCAGCUAUCAUAGCAGUACUGCUAGCACCAGCGCAAUGAACAGUGACCCAUGCUACAAACGCAGGAAAUUAGUCGAAAUCGCUUACAAAUGUCGCCCAUAUGAGUUCCGAAGUAAAGUAGCUUGCCACAAUGACGUAGCUCAGCUAGAGUGCAAUCCUUACUCCCGGAUAGCCAUAUAUAGUGCUAGCUUUGGAAGAACCGAGUAUGAGAGCAUUCAGUGUCCCCAGCCGCAAGGUGUUCCAGAAGAAACAUGUCUCGUCUCCUAUGCCACGGAGACCGUGAUGAAAAUUUGUCACGGAAGGCGUCGAUGCUACCUGGCGGCAGACGCGAAUACGUUUGGAAGCCCUUGCCAACCCAAUUCUCGAAUGUAUUUGAAGGUUGUUUAUACAUGCGUGCCAAUGCAAGUUCUCAAGGAGAGCAAAGAAUCAGAAGUUGAGCCGGACGAAGCAGAGGAGUUUAAAGUUAAUAUGAAUGAGCUCUACGACGACGAACCUAUCUACAAGGAGUCUGAGGCGAUUCCCAAGCUUUAUAGCAAUACAACAAUAACAGGCCGCCGCAACAGCACCAGUACGCUAUGGUCGGUAACCAGCAUCAGUCCGGUGACCAAUCAGACUAACUCCUUUGGCGGAAAUGGAGAUGGAAGAGGCAUGAAACCUGUUAUGACACACAGCGCCGACUUGAGUAUAGAGGAGCACCAAGAACGUUUGUAUAUAUAUUUACUAGUCUUGUGCUCGCUUGGAGUGUUCUUCUCCAUACUUAUUAUUGCAACACGGCUAGUUCUUCAAAAGCGUCGUGGUUUAACCACUGACACGCACACAACCUCGGAGAUCAAAGGCUGUGCAAUAGAUGGAACAACCAUCCAAAACGGACUUGACGAUACGGUUUCUCAAAUAGAUGUUGACAUUGACCUAAAAACUCCAAUGCCGUUACCCAGCGUAUCCAAAAAUAAAAAUUGUUUGACAUACGUGCCAGCCAGCAGCGUGUACGCCAGUCUCUCCUUAAAUCAUCUAUCUUCGGUAAGUGGACAGGACUUAUUGGCAAAUCAACUUUUGGUGGAAACUCGUCAAUCACCUGACCUCAUAGGCAGAGCAGCGGGAUCUUUUGGGGCCACAGGUGUUGCCAAUUCAGGUGGCCAGGGUAUACUGGCAGGCAUUUUGCCGUCGGCAGUCGUGAUUGGAACUAGUGCUUCCAGUAGUAGUGCCGUAGGCACAAUGAUUCCCAAUACAACGAUUGCUCAGUAUACGACGGCCCCAACAAUCAGGGGAGAGUAUCUUAUUAACGCCGAAGGCAUGGGUGCAUUUCAGCGUCCUAAUAACACACAGACACCGCCGACAUUGUUGGCAAUGAGCUCGUUAGCGGAGCCCACAAUGCUCGGAUCACUGGCCAUGAAUGUACCCUCUCAAAACCAUGUACCUGCUUCUGCCGAGGGCACAUCGGCGCUGCACCCUUCAUAUGAUGGCACCGCCCCACGAACUCUCUCAACUGGCGUAGCCAUUGGUUCCCAGUUCUACUACGGAUGACACAGCAAUUUAGAUUGCGACCCGCAUAUGUACAGAACAUCUUUAGGUGCUGAAGUUCGGGUGAUACCAUUAAUUUCCAGCACACGGCAUUCGGGAAAAGGAACAGAUCAAGCUAGCGAAGUACACGGCUUCUUCGCAUCCUAAUCGCAAUCCUCCAGGUUUUUGGACAAUUAAGGCUGGCCUUCCCCAUUCUAGCUUCACACAGAAAGGAAGGAUUUUAUCCCACGUAGUGCCUAUGAAUUCUUGAAAGAACAUAAACAAUUUUUAUGGUUAAUAA